UUCGGUCUCUCCAUCUCUCUUUCUAUAAAUGCUCUUCUUCCCACACAUCGCCUCCUCCUCCUCCUCCUCAUUAGAAUACAUAUCUAGGGAAGCAGUAGAGAGGAAGAGUCUCAGAGAGAGAGAAGGAAGGAGAAAGGAGCUGAGUGGUCUCAUUACCAUUACCAGCUCCGUACGAACCUGAAUACGACGUCGUUCCUUCGACCUUUUCUCUGUAAUCUCUCUUCCUCCUCCUCCCACGAGUUUCUCAGCUUUUCUCGGAUUAUCUAGUCUAACUAAAAGAGGAGAUCUUUGUCUCACGGUGGGAUUGAUUUCUCUCUUCACGCCAGAUCGUGCUCCAGGAAAAAUGGUGAUGUGGGUAUUUGGCUAUGGCUCUCUUGUGUGGAACCCAGGAUUUCACUACGAUGAGAAAGUGUUAGGUUUCAUCAAGGGAUAUAAACGUGUCUUUGAUCUUGCUUGCAUUGAUCAUAGAGGUACACCUGAACACCCUGCAAGAACUUGCACACUCGAGAAAGCUGAAGAAGCCAUAUGCUGGGGUGCUGCAUUCUGUGUCCGCGGUGGCCCAGAAAAAGAACGUCUGGCUAUGGAGUACUUGGAACGUAGAGAGUGUGAAUAUGAUCUCAAGACAUGUGUAGACUUUUACAAGGAAGAUGAUCCCCUGAAGCCAGCUGUAACUGGAGUGAUAGUAUUCACGUCUACUCCAGACAAGGUCUCCAACAAGUAUUACCUUGGGCCUGCGCCAUUAGAAGACAUGGCAAGACAAAUUGCGACAGCCAAUGGACCAUGUGGUAACAACAGAGAUUAUCUCUUCCUGCUAGAGAAGGCAAUGCACGACAUUGGGCAUGAGGAGGAUUAUGUAAUAGAGCUGGCAAACGAGGUGAGGAAGGUUCUUGCAGAGUCCUCAACGAAGAAGGUGUCACCGGUGAAGGAAUCAAUAGCGAGCCGUGUAGCUAACAAGUCAAAGAACAAUGUCCCCACGGCUCAUCAGAUACUUCCUCAUCAUCCAGAAGCUGUUGCCACUACAAUAUAACUCAUUGUCGUUUUCUUCUUAAUUGGCUUUAGAGACGAGUGAAAUCAGGUCGUUUGUUUUCCGAGCAGAGAGAGGUGUUUUAGUCUUUUUGUGUGUUUGGAACUCUGUUGCCUUGUGUGUUGUCCUAACGAGUAUACUUUGUGCACCUUUUGAAGAAAAUAAGAAUAUGUUAAAAACAAAAAGAUUGAACCAAA